GUAAUUCCUUAACAAGUGCAUACCGGUGGGGGCAUAGCGAAAUUUAAACUCUGCCUUACGAAUUUUUUUAAAAUUUUUAACUGAGUGGGGGUUCGAACCUGGAACCCAUAGAUUUUAGCCGAAGGGCAAAAUUUAAAGAUUUCAAAUAUGAGGGGCAAAAUUUAAAGACCACCCCAAAAGAAGGGCAAUUCUACGAAUUGCCCCUUAUAUACAACUUAUUUUUCUUUUCAGCUACGACUGUCGGACUUUUGUUUGCUUACCCGACAGUUAUACCUAAAACAUGGAAGAACCUUGUUUUCUCCAUUCCCUUACUGAGCUGUUUUGGUCAUAAAAGGACAAAAAAUUGUCCCUCUAUAGGGCAGGAUAGAAGGCCUGUUGUUUUGAAAUAAUAGCUAAACUCUACUUUGCUGAGCAAGGUAUAUAUGUGCCUUGAAUUUCUUAGGAUAGUUAACUCCACCAGUGUGACCUCGUUCACAUUGCCGGUCUCAGCCCCGAGAGGGCUGCUGAGGGUCAAUUGGAAACAGUCUCUCUACUUCAUAAAGGUAGGAGUAAGACUGCGUACAUAUUACCCUCCCUAGACUCCACUUUUGGGAUUACACUGGGUUUGUUGUUGUUGAAUUUCUUAGGAUAGUUGAAAUGCUUUUGGUUUAGAGUAUAUUUUAACCCGCUUCUGGUCCCGUGAUUUAAUUGCUUGUCCCCUUUUCUGUGAGUUUCUCAAAACUAUAUAAUCAAUUUUAAGUUUUGUCUACAAAGAUCUCCUCAGUUUCAAAAUUUUAUACUUAAGUUUCUAGUAAUUUUUCUUGUAUGUGAUAUUGGUUUAUUUAGCGUUUGUUGCUGUAAGUUAAACUCUGGAACUAAUGGGAUGUGCAUUUUGGCAUCCCUUUGUAGUUGCUCCUCGUAUACAACUUGUGCCGCAUCUUUAUUGACCUUACAGCUUUUCGGUUUAUUUGGUAGGUCUUAAUAUGUUUGAUAUAGUGUAAGUCCUUUGGCCUUGCCCCUUUGAAUAGUUUGAGAAAUAGCCUUUAAGAAACUUUCUGUAGCUUGAUUUUGUUACAAAUGGUCAUUUAGUUGAUCGCUCCUUGAUAGUUAACACUGAUCGGCUCUUUAAUGAUAAAUAACCUCCACCAUGUGAUAAAAGGAGUGCCAUGAGCUUGUUGAGAUAUUGGAAUCUAAUCAUUGUCCCUCAUGUCAUAAGUUUAUGCAGGCACUAUAAAUCAAGAAAAUUACAUCAAGAAGCAGGAUAUGGCGCUAGUAGCCUGUUUGGCCAAGCUUUUGGGAAGCGAAAAAUGCUUUUUGUUCGAAAAAGGGCUUCUGUUAGAGAGUUAAGGUGUUUGGCCAAGUUUUAGGGAAAAAAUAAUUGCUUUUGAGUAGUAACAGAAACAGUUUUUCAUAAGCUAGAAAAAGUAAAUUUCCCCCGAAAACACUUUUGAAACAUUGGCUAAGCACACAAAAUAUUAAUCUAAUAUUGAUAAGAAGUACUUUUCAAAAAUUAGUAAUUUUAGAAGUUUAGCCAGACAGGCUAUAGAUCUUCAUUUCCAAGAGCAUAUAGAAGAAGGUAGUCCCUUAGAGAAGUCAAAGAUGUUUGAUGAUGAGCGUGAAGACUAUCUCUCCGGUGGUGGUUUUGAGUGUAACAUUUGCCUGGAUCUUGCGCAUGAUCCGGUGGUUACCUUGUGUGGUCACCUAUAUUGCUGGCCUUGCAUCUACAAGUGGAUUCACUUACAGAGCAACCCUUCCGAAAAUCCAGAUCAACUGAGCCCACAAUGUGCUGUUUGCAAGGCCGAAGUUUCACAAAGAACCUUGGUUCCUCUCUAUGGCCGCGGCCAAGCUACAAAACCAUCUGAAAACGACGUUCCAAGUGAAGGUAUAGUCAUACCACAAAGGCCUCCAACUCCAAGAUGUGGGGUCCACACGCCGAUAGCAGCUACUGAUUCACAUCCAUCCCAGCAGAACCCUCGAUCACAUCAGUCUCAUUCUACCAGCAGCUACAUCCCCACCAAUGCUCAGUAUUGGUGGCACGAUGACAAAUGUGUUACAUCCCAUGGCUUAUUCACGGGUUUCUGGAAAUUCAUCACCGACGUUGUAUACAUAUCCAAUUAACUCAUAUCACCUGGCAGGCAGCGGUAGUUUGAGAAUGAGAAGGCAACAAUUACAUGCUGAUCAAUCACUUGGCAGAUUAUAUUUUUUUCUCUUCUGUUGCGUAGUGAUAUGUCUUAUCUUGUUGUGACGACUUUUACUGCUAUAAUUCCGUAUGUAUAAAUAUGUACAACUGUAGUGGAUUAUCAAUAUACAAGCUUGGAUCUAUAUGAAA